UUAUGUUUCUUUGAUCAGGUAUGACCUUUGGCCUCUGCUUUCAUUUUCAGUUUGACAUAAGAUGCAACAUGAUUAUCUAUGCCUUUACCGCAGUUGGUGCCCUGUAUCUCGUAAAACUUUUUUUUACUCCUGAACCAGAGCCGAUUGCAGGUGUCUACAAAGUACCAGGUGCGCGAUACAAUGUGAAAUACUGUUUCUUCAGGUUAAUUCUGUGGCUGCGACAGAGGAAAAACAAGAAAUUGGAGUCGACAUCAGGGCAGAACGCUGGGUAUGGGGUACGGUCCAGAAGCUCCACAGAAGACAUGGAUAAAGUCCAAGAUUUGCCUAAUGUCAACGAUCACCCAAAGGCUGUUGAUGCUGUUUACUUCAAUGCUGGAAAUCAAGAUGGUUAUUUCUUUGUGGCAGCGACAGCACGACGGCAAAACAAUCGAGUUCAGACAUUGCUGUAUUUACGGACCCCAGAUCUUGGGAUUCUCCAAGGCAAGUUUAUGUCAGAGAGCACCAACCUGGAAGGAUCAGAUCCCAAAUCUUUUGCUGCAGGAGGUCUGAAGCUGAUCCCAGUGAAGGCUAUGAAAGAAUGGCAGAUACAAUUCUCAGGAAAAAUGGUAAUCGUUAAGACAAAAAAGGAAGUGGAUGUGAACUUUGACCUUUUGUGGACGGCAUUCACUCCCUACUUUGACUUUGACACAGACAUGAAUCCUGUAACAAUGGCUGAUGCUAUUUGUAGGGAGACCUGGUCCAGAUCCUAUUUUGAUGACCUUCAGAGAUCCCAUCAAACGCAUUAUGAACAAUUUGGUGACAUCACCGGCACAGUCAAAAUAGAGGGUCAUGCGGAUGUCAAGCUGAAUAUCUCGGGAGUAAGGGACCAUUCUUAUGGCAACAUACGAGACUGGCGGGAUCUGUACCGGUACGCUAUACAGUACUGCACAUUAGAGGACAGGACGGCUAUCUGUCUAGGGGUCAUCUCUAUGCCAAGGUCACUCUCCAGAUUGCUGAUGGGUUAUGUGUUUCAUCCGGAUGGUAAACUGGACAGUGUAUCUUGGUCUUCGUUUGAACUCUAUGAAUACGGAGAAGAUGGGAAUCCUCCAAAGGAAUUCAACGCCAAAUUUACUGCAGGUGGGAAAAUGUAUUCAAUGAAGUGUACAGUUGUGGACUAUGCCAGGUUUUUUAUUGGAGAUGGGAAGGAUGCCAGGAUAUUUGAGCGCUUCUGUGACUAUGAGGUCAAUGGACAGAGGGGGUGGGGGAUCAGCGAAUGGGAUUACAGGAACAGCAAAAAGUUUUUUGAUGAUGGAGAAGAUAUAUGAAGAUAUAUAAUAUAUCUUCUACACAAAGUUCUGGGUCAUGUUACCCUGUAAGCAAACCCUCACAGCAGUGAUUAUGAAUGUGGUGAGCUUUGGAGAUCAACCAAGCUGUACAACUGCGACAAUGAAAUCUAUAAUAAACCAUUCAAUGCUUGA